GCGUGACGUGUAUACGCAACCGUUAGUGUCGUGCUCGUCUGCUACAUAUGCGGGUGAUGCCACGACCUGCACAGUGAAUAUUUCGUGUUAUUUACUGUUGCACCCCCUGUGAUCCAAAUGAUGGUGCGACGUAGUGGACGUUACACAGUUAACUGGCGAGGAUUUAGGGAUUUCGUCAGCAAUAAACCUCCCGAUGACGAAAUACAAGAAGAACCGCAGCCUGAAGAAGAUCUGUCAAAUCAUGAAGUGAUAUUUUUAAAAAGCAUAGUAGAAAGUCCUGAUUUUGCUAGAAAGUAUGGUGCGAUCGAUUCAGAGGAGGACUUGAUCGUAAAGCCAGUCUCCCUGGAUAAUGUAAACAUAAUAAAGUCGCUCAGUGAAUAUCGUGGCAACAACAUACGGACUAUCGAGCAAGCUGAACUGGCUAUAUUGUUGUCCCGAGUACAUUUUAAGGCACUUAUUGACGCUCAUGAUCAAAUUGGAAAAAUCUGGCUUGAACGUGGAUCUGGGAUUGAUGAGAAAACUUUAAAAGAAGAACAAAAAGACAUAGCUGAGAGCCUUGAUAUAAGUCCAGAUCAAAACGGAGACAUGCCAGUGGAGACUGUUAAAGUUGUAGGUCUUAGAAAAGUACCUGGACAACCAUUGGGUUUAACUGUUACAACCGAUGAACAUGGUCAGUUGAUAGUAGCUAGAAUCCUCGCUGGCAGUGCAGCAGCAAAGCAAGCACUGCUGAGUGUAGGUGAUGUGUUGCUAGAAGUGGAUGGAGUACAAAUAAAUACAGAAGACCAGCUAAAAGACGCUGUCUCUAAGCCAAAUGAUAGAGUAACACUCAAAGUUGGACCUAACCUUAAAGAGAAAAAUGCUCAAUUAACUAAUAAAUUAAGUUGUUAUAUGAGAGCCUUAUUUGAUUAUGAUCCCUCCGAAGAUACAUUAUUGCCAUGUAAAGAGAUUGGUUUAGAAUUUAAGAAAGGUGAUAUUUUACAAGUUUCGGAUAGAAGAGAUCCUAAUUGGUGGCAGGCAAGUCAUGUAGAAAAACCUGACAUAGUAGGUUUAGUUCCAUCACCUGAGUUGGAAGAGAGACGAAAAGCUUAUGUACCGCCUGAGGCUGAUUUUGUUCAUAAAAUUAGUAUAUGUGGAGCAAGAAUAUCGAAAAAGAAAAAGAAGUUCGUGUACGAGUCCCGGUCGAGCGUGCAGCUGGAGGGCGCGGAGCUGGCGCUGUACGAGGAGGUGGCGCGCACGCCGCCCUUCCUGCGCCGCGUGCUCGCGCUCGUCGGCACGCGCGGCGUGGGCCGCCGCACGCUCAAGAACCGCCUCAUACAGGACCAGCCCGACCGCUUCGGCGCCGUCGUGCCGCAUACGUCGCGUCCUCCUCGACCGCUUGAAGAGAACGGCAUGUCGUACUGGUUCGUAUCCCGCGAGGAGAUGGAGCGCGAUGCUCACGCGGGACGCUUUCUAGAGUACGGAGAACACAAUGGACACCUGUAUGGAACUCAUUUAGACUCUAUAAGAGCCGUUAUUAAAGAAGGUAAAAUGUGUAUACUGGACUGCGCUCCACAAUCACUGAAACUUCUACACAAUAGCAACGAAUUUCUGCCGUACGUUGUAAUGAUCUCAGCACCGGGCAUCGAACAAUUACGUAACCUCACGUACGCCUCCAACCGCAACCUAACGUUCGAUCGGCAGAGCUCCAUACGCUACAGUUCGAGACGCGCGCGCACGUUGGAGUCGCUUGCGUCACUAUACGAGGAAGAAGAUAUGAAACAGACUCUAGAAGACAGCGCGCGCAUUCAGCGCCAAUACGAGAAGUACAUCGACCUGGUGCUCACCAACAGCAACUCGGACACCACGCACGCGCGACUCAUGGACGCGCUGCACUCGCUGUCCACCGACCACCAGUGGGUGCCCGUCACCUGGAUCUACUGAGCGAUCCGUGUAUCAACGAAAUAUAACAUAGUAGACUUCUAUAGAGCUAAAUAGUUAAUAGUUAGAGUUGAUAUGAUAUGCAUUUAGAACAUUUUGAGCAAAUGUUACAUGAACAGCUUUGAAGAUACACUAUUAUAAUAAUUGAUCGCAACAAUAUAUAAUAUAAUAGUAUUAUCAGAAAUAGAAAUACUAAUGAAUUGAAAUUAUGAAUAUGAAAAUAAUGAUAUUUAUGCUAUUCGACUAUUCAUUUAAUUCGUAUUAGUGCAAAAUAAGACAAGUAUUAAAGGAAAGUAAACCAUCACAUGACGAAUUUAUAUAGACCGUUGAUAUAUUUUAAUAUAUCAUCGCCAUUAUCUUUAAUCAUGAAUAUUAUUAAUCACUCUAAUAACGACAUGGCAUAAACAAGAAUUAAUAGAAUAAUUGUAAAAGGCAAUCGAUCACAUGUGGAAAAGUUAAAUUUGCAACAUUGGUCUCUACUAUGAACACCUUACACUAAAAUAAUGUACGCAAUUCAACACGAAAUAAUCACAAAUAAUUAUAUAGUACAUAUAUACAUAUAUUCUUGUAUAUUUUUAAACGAUUUAUAUAAAUAUUAAUUUUUUCAUGGAAAUAAUUUGUUUCAAACAAUAAAUGUAUUGUUUAUUAAAAUAUUUAUCAUCACAUGGUUAUAUACAACCGUAAUGCUAUCGACUGUUUUAGAUUGAGUAAUAUCAUAAGUUGUAUUGCUUAAUUUUGGCUCGAAUCUAAUCGAGAUAUAAAUAGAGCGCAGUCGCAGCCGCUUUAACAUAACUGGUAAUAAUCAUUCCAAUAAUUUUAUUCCUUAAUGUACCCUUCCAUAGGAAAAUUGUUACCAUUACAAAUGUAAAUGUUCUUAUAACCCUUAUCAGCGCUGGCCCUACUGUAGAAUCAAUGGAGCAGUCGCUCUAGGCGCCAAGUGAUAAAAGCCGCUAAAACCAAAACUGUUGGAAUCUUAUCAGGACGGAGCUGCACAAAGAGCACUCAAAUUUCAGUCUUAGAAAUUUAUUUUUAGAUAAGAUAAUAAAUAAACAUGAUGACAUCUAUGACGCCAGGUCCAAAGCUCUAAUAAUGGCGCUAAUAAGGUAGGAAACCACGAGGCACGACAGUUCGGCGCUGGUCCCUACUUAACGCACUAAACCACUCUAGUAUGAUCACAAUCUCUUUAGUGUUCAAAAUUUAAUCCCACCUGGAUAUAGUUAUCUGUUACUAAAGUAACGAUAGUAAUGUGUGUUUUAGGUGUAUAAAAAGGUUCUAAGUUUAUCUAAUUGUAAGGCGAUCAUUCGUAAGGAAUGUAAUGCAUUUACUUAUAAAACACACUCACAAAUUAUUGAUUAAUUAAUAAUAUGUCUCAGUAUUUUUUUGUGUGUACUGUUAAUUGAAUUAAGUUGCCACUUAGAAAUGUAAGAUUUUGUAUUACAAAGACACAUCACUUCAUAUUUUUUAUAAUAAAUUCUUCACUGCAAAGUAUGGACCGAUUUAUACUAAUACGUAUAAAAUAGUUCAAAUGCUUUCAGAUUUUUCGCUAAUGAAUUACGAUCUGCUAAUGUUAAGAACUUUUAUACCAUAGAUAUUCUUAUUGUAAUAUUAGCUUGAAUUUCAUAAGGAUUUUACAUUCCGUCCAUUUUAUUUUGUUAAUUAGCUGUAAAUUUUAUUGUAUCGAGGAUUUUCAAUAUACAUUAAUAUGUAAGUUUACGCUUUAUUUUAUUUUCGCGG